AUGUCGACAGCAUCUACCCAAUCCCGAGGAGUCAACCGACGGAUCAAUAGCAUUCAGAAUGAGGGUCGUCAUUCGCGCAACUCCUCCGCCUCGCGGCGACGCCCUUUGAAUGCCAACGUGGCAUACAGCCAUGCUCUCCGAGUCGCCUAUCUCGCCUAUCUCCUAAACCCUCGCUCUCGUCGCAUCCAAAAUGCCCCCGUCGCGCCGGCGCGGCCGAAACGAUCAUCUACGUCCAUCCAUGAUUUGAUGAGUGACUUUUCCUUGGUCAAGGACUCUAAAAGCACCAAGAUCCCCCACGGCUUCGUCGCCGAGUUGGAGAAGCGGCUGACUGGUGUGUUGAUGGGGAAAGAGAAGAGAAAGGAAUAUCAAGACCAUCUGGUGGUACGAACUUUUGCCGUGUUCCUCAAUGUGUUGAAAGAGAGCUCGUUUCGCAAGCGCAUGGAAAAGGACCGACGAGCCGAAGACUUACUCCUGAUCUUUUACUCGAAUGCUAUCAAAGAGCUAGGAAAAGGCAAAGAACACGACGAUGAUAGCUGGAAACUCAUGGUCGAUAGACACGUCGCACUGUUUGUCCGACUGCUUGCGCUUACGCUGAAAGACCACGACUGGUCUAAGGACCGACCCGAGUUGGCGAAUCGACUGACUGUCCUGGAGAACAAACUUCUCUUACAGGAUCAAGAUCUCAUGGAAUCCAGUGGGGCUGCUUCUGCGACGGAGACCAUUGCCUCGUUGAGUUAUAAUGUCAGGGACAUGCCUUUGGUUCAACACGUGGCCAAGGUAUUUGGAAUGACGAAUUCCGAAGCACAAUCGGAGAUCGACAAGAACAAAUCAUCAUGGACCGAACAAGCUGCUCUGAAGGAUCUCAAAACCUACCAAGCGCAUCUCAGUCUUCAAACACACAAGACCUUGUCAAGAGACGACUUUGAGUCCGACGAGGGUUAUGAUGCUUGGAAAAAAAGUGAGAGUCCUGACCUCUCGCAGAUGAUACUCGCCAUCAUACAGUCAAAUCCAGAGCUGGCCAAAAGCACCCCGGGGUCUCUUCCUCAAUUCAACUCGAGUUCCCAUGAUAACGCCGACCUGUCAAGAACAUCUUCCGGUCGAACUGAUAGGAAUUCUUAUGUCAUUGAUCAAUCUGUUGACCUCAGUGGUCUUUCUCUGGGGGAUUCGGAUGAAUCUGAUACCUACACAUUCAUACCGUCUGAUCCCAGAUCUUUGUAUCGAUAUAUCUUGUCCCAGACCCUGAGCCAUGAUUUACGGGACCGUGAGGUUGAGGCCACAUCCGAAGCGUCUUCAGUCAAACUGUUAUCAAAGCAGUCCACGGAAAUGCUCAAUGAAAUUUGUCUCCGCUGGCGGAUUCCCAUUUUCUCACGGGUCGUGAUGUUCCUCGAAGUCGCUCAAGCCAAGUUUGUGGACAAUGAAAUUGAUCUCGAUACUCUGGACUCAGCUUUCACGUUUGCGAAAGAAUCACCGCAAGGCACAAGCAAGCGUAGUAGCUUUGUGGCUUCGUCGGUCUUUGAUCGACAGCGAUGGACUAUUCACGAUCUUCAGACUAUGCAGAUGCUUCUAUCCAAACUUCAUGAGGCGCUGCUACGUGAACUGUACGAUGUUAUGAUGGAUUGUUUCGAAACCAAACCACGCCCAAUUGGAUCAGUUAUGUACAUUCUGGAGUCGCACGUUCAGAUGGAUCCUAGCUAUAUCGAAGAUCCAGAGGACAUCGAUCGAUUCAGCACGUAUGUGCAAGAAGGACUUGCCCAGAAAGCAAUGGGAAAGUAUCAAACUCUUCUUAGUCAAACGAUUCCCGUUGAUGCCGAAUCUUGGGAGGCCGAUCAUGUCAUUCAACUUGGAGAUGCUAUCGCGAAACUCGCAACGAAAAUCCAAAAACGAUAUCGCAAGAACCCUGAAAUCAUGGGGGUCAACCCAUACACCACUUUAUGCUCUAAUGUCCUCCCUUUGUUUGCUGAGGAUGCCCAUGAGAUGGUUGUUCGAAUCCUCGAACAAGCCAAUGCCCGGGGUGAGGAAAUUCCGAUUGAAGAUGGAUUCGAUCUGUACAAGCAGCUCGCAACUGUCAGGAGAUUGUUCCACAACACCCAUGAAGAUGCCAAAUUCCCUUUUCAUGUGGAGAGCUUACUACAAGAGUUUGUCUGGCGUUGGCUUCGUCUCACAGACCAAAAGGUCAUGGAUUGGGUCAGCCAAGCUACAAGGCAGGAUGCAUUCACUGUUCGUGCCGAUGAAGCGAUGGAUCUUGCACCCGAAGAUGAUCGGCACAGUGUGUCCGUUAUUGAUAUUUUCCGAUCUUUCAACCAGGUAGUUGAAAACUUGGUGAAUUUGGAAUGGGAUGACGAUUUCCAGUACGCGAAAUUCAUGACGCACCUGUCCAAUUCAAUUGGCAAAGGAGUGGCAACAUAUUGCGACUCUUUGGAGAAAAUGUUCGCUCGAGAAAUGGAUCGUCUCACCCCCGAGCAGGAGGCUGCAUUGAACCAAACCGCCCAAGAGAAAUUCUUGCAGUUUGCCAAAGAUGCUUGGACGAAUAAGGAAAAAAUCGAGCCUUUCCAAUUCUCGUCUGAGUCUCUGGUGAAAUUGAACAACAUUGAAUAUGCACUUUCACAACUCGACAAGCUUGAAAAGGACAUCAAUGUUGAUGCGUGCGCCGAGGUCAUUGCGAGACAUACCCCUCCUCAACUCAAGAAAGUUCGCAAGUCGACCACUUAUGUCUUCACAAUCAAGAUUGUGGAAGCAGAAGAUCUCAAGGCAUGCGACAUUGGCGGUGGUAGCGAUCCCUACGUCGUGUUGGCAGAUGAAUAUCAAAAGCGCAUCGCCAAGACACGUACCAUCUACAACAAUCUCAAUCCUCGAUGGGAAGAUGCGGUUGAUCUUACAACUCAAGGCCCUCUGAACAUCAUCGCUACUAUCUGGGAUUGGGAUGCAGUGGGGGACCAUGACUACGUUGGUCGGACGUCAAUCAAGCUCGAUCCAGUCCAUUUCAGCGACUUCCUGCCAAGGGAGUAUUGGCUCGACCUGGACACCCAGGGUCGCCUCUUGCUCCGAGUUAGCAUGGAAGGAGAGCGAGAUGAUAUCCAGUUCUACUUCGGCAAGGCUUUCCGUACACUCAAGCGAACAGAGCGGGACAUGACUCGCAAAAUCACCGAGAAACUGUCCGCAUACAUCAGCCAUUGUCUGUCUCGUCGAACUCUGAAAUCUCUGCUCUCUCGGGGCAUCACCAUGUCGGCUGUGUCGAGCUUCCUGAACCGCAACCGAGCCCCGGCAGCUCCCACUGGUCCAACCUCUGCCGACGUGGAGAACGCAUUGACGCCUUUAUUCAACUACUUCAAUGACAAUUUCGCCAUCAUGAACAAGACUCUUACUCCCGAAGCCAUGAAAAUGGUGAUGGCUCGCCUUUGGAAGGAAGUUCUUGCCACGAUCGAGAGCUUGCUAGUUCCACCCUUGUCCGACAAGCCCUCCCACCAGAAGCCUCUCACCAUUCAAGAAGUAGAUAUUGUAUCACGCUGGCUCGUGCUACUCCUGAACUUCUUCCACGCGAUUGACGACGAAACCGGCGAAGCAAACGGCGUCCCAAUCGACAUCCUGAAAUCACCCAAAUACCAUGAAAUCCAGUCCCUGAAUUUCUUCUACUUCGAACCAACAGAGAACCUCAUUCGCACCUCGGAGCGCAUGGCGUCCGCAACGGUCAACCGCCAACAAGCGGCCCGUAAUCGCAGCUCUGCGCCCGCCCUCGGCGCCUCCGGACCCGGCAGUCUGGGUGUUCCCGCUGCCCGUCGUGCAAAGAGUAUUAUGCUCUCCCGCAACCUGGGCACAAUGAAGAAAGCCAAGGAAGAAAAGCGUCGCGAAGCGCAGGCCGAUCCAAACGAUGACAUGAUCUUGCGUAUUCUGCGCAUGCGCCCUGAAGCAGCGGGCUAUCUGCGUGACCGCUCCAGACAAAAGGAAAGACUCGCAGCUGCAGCUGCCGCCGAUGCCAUUGUGAAACAAAGUCUCAUGGCCGGUGCGGGAAGCCGCAUGAGUGGUGUCAUUCCUCGCGCGCGAUGA